AGGAAAAUGACAUAAAAUAAAUAGCGACUCGGACGAGUAUCUUCAAUCUGAGUUAGAUGACUCGCUACUGAAAAAGGCGGUCUUCUUGACGUCACUGUUUUUCACAAGCUAAUUACAGAUCUGUCAGGUUUCAGAUGUGCACCCGCCCCACUAUUAAACUCCUUCCUACCAUACUGUGGAUAGAGAUGAUUUUAAAUAAUAAAAAAGGUAAAAGUUACACACUGCUGCUUUAGCUUUGAACGAGUGAUAACAGAACAACACAACCUGGCAGCCAUAGUUUGGUUUCUGAUUUGCUGUCUUUUGUUGUUGUUGUUGUUGUUGUUAACAAUCCUCGCUGUACUCUAACUUGUCCUGCAGCUACAUGAAUGCUUGAUGAAAUCAUAAUUAAUUUCACCUGUGUCGCAAUCUGCUCAUGUCUAUUUAUUGCAGUUGCGUCCUCACUUUUUUCUUUCUGUCCUUGAAUUUGGUGUUAUCAGGACUUCAUUUUGCACCUGGCUAAGCUAGUUUCUGACUUUUUCAUUUAGACUCCUGCAGGCGUUAGUUUUUCAGAUAUUGGCAGAGAAUAAAAAACCCCAAAAACAAACAACUUUCUUUGUUUACCUUUAUAUUUACCGAUUUUGUCGCAGUGUAAUUCCAGAAUUGAAUUGUGGGGCCGAGCUGACUGCAUACUAUGUGGCGAGAAGGUGUGGUGCAGCAGAGGCACAUCUAAAAGUUGCAGGACAUCAGCCCUAAUGGCCUGGAGUUUGGCCCCCUUUGUUUAGGGCCUUGUCUAAGAAAUGGUUGAAACCAAUCCAGAGCAUCCAACACAUGUCCAAGAUGACAAAACGUAAAACUACUCAAAUCUUGUUUUCAUUAAAGGAAGAUGGAAUGGUGCCUUUGAAAGCAUCACAGACUAACUCUAAACAGAACCAGGUUUCUAUCCUAAAAAUGACUGCCCAUCAUAACCCAGCAGUUGCAAAACCUGCAGCAAAGUCCACAGUCUUGAAAAGCGAUGGAACUGUUUCUAAAAAGCCUUUGUCAAGUUGUGCAGCAGGAUCCAAAGUGUUGCGUAAAGUGUGCCUCGGUAUCAGAACUAGUUCUACAACUGCAAGUGGUUCUGGAUGCAGUGAAGUGAAAUCCAGUGCCGUCAAAGCAUUACCCAAGACUAAGGUGACUUGUUUAGCCUCUGCUAGCAUCCCGGGACAACCAGUUAAACCUACGAGUAAAGCUAGUUCUGCUUUGACUGGGCCUGUUGAGAAGUUGGCUGGAGUAAACACUGAAGUGUGCCCCCACCAGAGAAAUUUACCACUUUCUACCCAACCGAGCACCAUAUCUGAAAACAAGAUGCUACUGAAAGAGCCCUCCAACCUUCCUGUAAGCGGAGUGACGCAAAGCAGAAACCUUCCUAAAAUCGGAUUAAAUCAGCUGAUUAUUGUGUCAUGUCAAGAAAAACAGCAAGUCUAUUGUCGGCUUUGUUCAGUCAGGCUGAGAACAUCCACUCACUCCACCAACUUCACUCACUGCUGGAACUAUGUGACAAUGACGUGUCCUGGAUGGACUGCAAAUUUAUCAAAGAUUGGGGACAAAUUCAAAGACAUUGUGGCCCAUUUAGCUGAGAUUGAGAAAAGCAUAGGAUCACAGAAGCCACAGAGAAUAGAGGUGAAGAAGGCGUUCUACCUAAAGCUUGCUGCUCUUUCAGAAAGAGAAGCUAUUGAGGAACUAAAAACAAUGGAGCGACGAGACCCUCGAGACUCGUCCUCUGUAGCUGGAACUCUGCAAAUGUCCCGACAGGAAGCUCAAAGCCCAUGUGAAGUUUCAAGCUCAAAUGAUGGUGAAGAUUGUAAAGCUGGUAAUCCAACUCAGGACCAUCUCCAGACAUCUGCAUGUUGCAACAAAAUGGAUCCAGAUCAUGUUCCAAGCAGCGAAACUAAAGAUGCUUCUGAAACUGUUAAACAAGAUCCAUUUAUGCCAGCUAUUGAUGCUCAGCCUCAAAGUCUCAUGGGUAGUUCCAGAGUGAAAGUGGACUCUAUUUUACCUCCAGAAAGAAUACUUUCAAAGAGUCUGUCACCAUCACAAGAUGCACCACAAGCUGGUAAUUGUCGACCAAAAGUCAAAAUCUGCAAGCCCCAGACAAGAGCAGAGCCGCUUCAAAUAAGAAGGACUGGACUGAGCCACAACGUGAGAGAAGCUCCAAUGCAUGACAGACCACCUAGAGGACAUGAUGAAUUACCCAUAACUUGCUUUGGGAGAAAAGCUCCAGGCUGCAGUAAUUUGAUCCUUUUCUUGCAUGCAAGACAAGUGGACAUUAAACAGGUUAUUGGUAUGGAGUUUUUGUGGGAGUGCAGAGGGAUUUGUCUGGACACUUUCUAUCUGUGUGAAAGCUGUGAGGAAACCGUCCCAAACGGUGACAUCUGUCUACAUAUGACCAGUCACAAUCACCAACUCAAAUACAUGUGGAAAAGGCACCCCGAGUUUCUGAAGAUAUUCUGGCAGGAGGAAGACUUGCCUCAAUCCUUGAAAAUCUACAUUUUGCGAGAAGUUAUCAGGAGGCUGGUAGAACGUGACCGUUUCCAAAAAAUCGACGCAAAGUGCGUAAUACUUAAACAAAAAUUGCAUCAGUUUGUCAGGAUGGCUCAAUUCAGUGAAGCUUUAAAAAUUGUGCAGAACGUCCUUAAUGAAGAAGAGAAAUCAACCGUCCAUCUGCUGUGCAGUGCUGCAUGCCAGUGGAAUCAUGAAGAAAUUACAAAAAGCACAGUUUUAGAAAAAAUGUCCAAUGUUGGAACAUCAGAUGUAAUAACAAAAAUGGACUUCAGUCCUGUGGAUUUGAACUGCUCUUCAUCAAAAACUGAUUUGGUGGGCUCUUGUGUCCUUAAUCGAAGAGCAGAUUUAGCUAAAGAUGCCAAACCUGAUCUUUUUCAAAAGCCAGUGUUAACAUCAGCUCUUGCUUUUCCUCAAAGCUCUGGUCAGAAACUACUUCCAGAAGAAACAUCUUGCACAUCUGUCAGAACAAAACUGAACGUGUCGGUCAGUGGCCCACCUAAAAAAAGACCAGCCGUUAAAACCCUGCACAAAACCAGCAGCCCAUCGACAGACCCUCUGCCAGCUAAACGUACACUCAUCAUGCAGAAGAUGAAGAGUGAGCCCACUUCUCCAAAUUCAGUGUCUUCUUCAGUCAACCUUCUUGCAGGCCCUUCUUUACUUGGUAUCAAAGAUGAAGACUCUGGACCCAAGCAACUUAAAUCCACCGUGGAUCAGGAUUUGUUUUCAAAACCAACUUCUCAUUUGAAACAGAUCACCCCCAAGUUGAUUAAGAAUAAUAUUACAACCAUUAACUCCUGUGCAACCAGUGCUCCGGCAAUGCCUCAAACUAGUUGGGAUGCAAAAAUUGAUGACUCUGGAAGUGUGUCGUACAACUGGGACUCAAAGUGUCACCUGAUUGAAGCUCCUUGGAGGAAGAAUCCACCCACCAACUCGUUAGAAGGGACUAAGAUGGUGACAUCUGAUUUGGGGUAUAAGAAUGAACUUGUCACCAUAGGUCUCGACUCUGCUCCUAAAAUCGUCUCGUCCUUUGAAAACCCACAGAGGAGCGUUGCAGAUAAUGUGCCUGAAGACGAGCCUGUUGCUGCUCUAGCUCCUACUGCUGACCUCUUUAAACUACAGGAUCAGCAAUUCUUCAGCGUUCAAAACAUCUGUAGAAAUGAGAGUAGACUUCCGUUUGGUUGUGCCGCUACCAACCCUGACUCGGAACAAGUACCGGAGCCAAAAUGUGACCCAGAACCUGACAGGACUGUGAUUGGUUCAUCGCUCUUUAGCACUACUGGAGCUGACCAGCCAGACCCCAUAAAGCACAUGUUUCAGUGCAGCUACACUGAACAGGCUCACCCUGACAUUAACAAAAAGAAUCAAAUCAACUUCCACGUUGAUCCACCACUAAGACCCGCUUGCACUGUGGCAGCUUCAGGAGGCUGUGAUCCACAUGUCCAAGCUGCCUGCGGCCAAAUGGGGAACUCAGGUUAUCCUUCUUAUCAGGCUGCUGCUGGUCAAAAACGGCCGGAUGCUUCAUUUAGAACUGAAAGCUCACAUCAACCGUUCAUCUAUUCAAGCUUGAUCUACCCACAGCAGAUGGUGAACCCCUUCAGGCUUUCUCCUUUCAGUUAUCAUUUAACAUCCCAACUACCUCCAGGGACGGGGUCUUUCAACACGCUCUAUUACCCAUGGCCGGCAAGGAUGGGAAUGUGAUCCACGAAUCUUCUCUGGACUUGUAUUCAUAGUUGUUGUUUUUUUUCUCUGCCUUCUUGCAUUUUUGUCCUAGAAUUGUUCAAACAAUUUUACAUACGUUAUUCUUGUGAAGUGAUUUGUUUGCAAGCUGUUAUGUUUUCCAUGUUUAACGUACACAGGACUUGAGGGGGGGGAAAUGUUAAAAUAUUAAAGGUUCUUGUUUGGUUUGUUUUUAAUCAAAUUCUACAUUGCAUGGAUUUUAGCUGUGGAACUGUUUAUGAAUGUAAGUUUAGUUUUUAGUAAAAAUGUUCAGAUGUGAUAGUUAGACCCCAUAAUCAUUAUCUUGGUUUUAAAGUUUUUAUUGUUUUGUUGUUGUAACAUGGCAAUACAACUUUGCUAUCCUCUGUUGGCCUAACGAUGCUCAUUCUUUAAACGAACCAUCUAUAGUGUCUUGCAAGAUGUGACUACACAAUUAUAUAAACUAUAAAAAGAUGAAUAAAUAUACUUAGCUAUACUUGUAUACCUGGCAUGGAUAGAAAGAUAUUUGUAAUUGGUCGGUUAUUUAUUCAAUUCUUCUUGUAAAGAAAUCUGUUAUUGUUGGAAAACCUGUUUCAAAUUAAAAGUUCUCACAUUUGUGAAUAACGUUUUGUUGAGAAUGUAGGUUGCCCCUAUGAAAACUAACCCAAAUCCUCUCUGAUAUUGAUAAACAGCUGAUUCGACUA